AUGGAAGGAGAACUCUCAAGAGAUUUUGAAGGAUUGUGGGGAGAUUUUGAAAAUCUGUUAUAAAGCAUAGAUGAAAAGCAGAAACAAAUAUUUUGGGACAUAGUAUGGUUUGCCAAUGGCGUUGAUAGCCGAAUUGCAUCAUACAUGUGGCCUGAUCAAGAUCUUUUGCCUUCUCACCUUGUUUUGAUGCCCCUAGCGAAAAUUGGAGGAGACAACCUGCUGUGGAUGCAUAAACUGUUAAAGCGUUUCAGCAGAACUAUAGAUCAAGACGAGCAUAAAUAUCCUGGAAGGCGCAGUAGACUAUACAUGCAUGAUACAGACCUGAAAGUAAUCAACAGGAAAGAGGAAAUGGAAGAGGUCGCAGCCCUCUGCUUUGACUUCAAGAAUUGUUGUCCCCUUUCAUUUGCAGAAACAAAUUUCAAAAGCAUGCCUAAUAUAAGGUUCUUGAAAUUGGAUCAUGCAAGUAUGACUGGAAAUUUUGCAAAUGUAUUUCCAAAGUUAAGGUGGCUUCGUUGGCAAGGGUGCCCAAGGGAUUUCAAAGCAACAGAAUUUAAUCUGACUGAAUUGGUCAUUCUUUAUCUUUCAUGGAGCAAAGUCACCGAAGACUGGCGAGGUUGGAGGAAAAUCAAGAUGGAGCAAUUGAAAGUCUUAAAUCUCACCGGUUGCACUGACUUACUGAUAAGUCCUACAUUUUCUAGCUUCCCAAAAUUGGAGAUACUAAUUCUAGAGAGAUGCUCUCGGUUGGUCCAUCUAGAUCCUUCAGUUGGUGGUCUCAAAAAUCUACUUUGCCUGAAUUUGAAGUCCUGCUCUGAACUCAACAUGUUGCCUGCCGAACUGGGUGGCUUGGAAGCUUUGAAAGAACUCCUCAUUGAUGAAACUUCUGUGCAAGAGAUUCCCUUGGAAGGUGAUUUAAAGAAACUUGAAACUCUUUGUGCCUCCAAUUGCUUGUCAUUGAGUCUCUUGCCCCAUUCAUUUGAACACCUGACAUCACUUACAAUACUCUCAGUAGAUAAUUCAAAGAUUACCAAACUCCCUGGUGGAGUGGGAGAGCUAGUGAAACUCCGACGUUUGUCAUUGAGGAAUUGUCGUUGGAUACGAGAACUUCCAGACUCCAUUGGUCAAUUAAGCUCUUUAGAGGAGCUUGAUAUGUCGGGAACAGGCGUUGCAAAAAUACCAGAUUCCUUUGGAAAUUUGCGGAGGUUGAGAGUGUUAAAGAUGGACUAUUGCUUCAUAAUAGAAUUUCCUAGCUUUAUUGGGCGGCUACAUAGCCUUGAAGAAAUACAUGCCUCCUCGUGUAGGAGUUUAAAAGGGGAGAUUCCUAGGGACAUUGGGAAGCUAGUUCAUCUGAGAAUCUUGAGGCUGCAAUAUUCUGGUAUUUGGAGCCUACCCUAUGAAAUCAAGCAUCUUUCCAAGCUGGAGACUCUUGAUCUACUUCACUGCGACAUGCUUCAUGAGUUGCCAGCACUUCCCUCUGGUUUGGUUAACGUGCGUUUGAGUCCAACACUGAAGGAAACAAUGUCUUAUCUUUAGAAUCUGUCUCUGUUUCGAAGAGUUGGUGCUGGGUUUUUAAGAUCACCUCCAGC